AUGAUAUUUCGAUUUAGCUUAAAUCAUUUAGUGUUGCAGAGCAAUGGAACACGCACGGAAGAAGCGUCUCAAGCACCUUGUUUGAAAGUGUUCAAAAAGUAUUUGAUACCUCUAGGACAGUACUCGUAUCAAACAGAACUUAGCCACAAGAUUAACGUGACUAUGUCAGUUGGCAUUGUAACGAGCCUUCUAAUCCCCGCAUUUGAACAUAUAUUUGACCGCAUAUCUCAACUGUGGGAGAUCGCCGAGAUGAAUGGCGAGGUAGAAGCUUUGAAAGAAGUCACCGACGAAGGAAGUCGAUUGGGCAGUUUGUUCAGAAGUUCUUUAUGGAUAUUUGCGACAUUUUUCCUAUCCAUGCCAUUGUGUCCAGUAGUUCUGGAUUACAUUUUACCGUUAAAUGAAACUCGAGCUAGACUAUCACUUUUUAAACUGAAUUACAUCAUCGUGGACACGGAAGAUCAUUUUUACAUCGAGUAUUUCCAUUCAGCGUUCAGUUCCAUCAUCAUAGUACUGAUUAUAGCCACUUUCGAUUCGUUGUACAUGGUUAUCGUUCAUUAUGGUUGUGGAUUGUUUGCUUUAUGCGGGUAUCAGGUCAAGAAAGCAGCCGAGAUCGCAGGAACAAAUGCCACGAUUCGCAAUAAAAACGAUCUGUACAGACGCUGCGUGAUUACCCAUCAUGAAGCUAUCAGAUUUUACGAGUCCAUGGACGAGAGUACUCGUACAGGAUACCUGUUACAAGUUGUUUUCACAAUGAUUGCCUUCAUCGUAAAUGCGGUACAAGCUGUUCUGCACAUGGACAGACCCAACGAAUUCAUCGCAAUCCUCAUGUUUAUGUGUGGUCAACAGUUUCAUCAGUUCGCUCUAUGUUUGCCUGGACAAGUGCUGAUAGAUCGCAGUUUAGAUUUGAUCGACGAUAUGUAAGUUUAUAAGAUUUCUUUUAGGUGGAUUCGUCAUUGAAAAUAAAAGAAAUACAGAAAAAGUGUUUGGUUAGGAAGCUGAAAAUAUUCUCGAUAUUGUAUGAACAUUUGUCUGUGAAGAAACUAAUGAAACUUACAGUAGAUUUACG